AUGGCGAUUGGACUUGGCCGCACUAUCAGCAGCCCUGUCUUUCUCUUUUUCCAAGUGCUUCAUGGCGUGAGCUUGUUCUUUGUCAUGCUUGGAGUGACGCGGGUGCUGCUUGGGAUGGCGGAGCUGUCGAUGAGCACUACCGCCGUCGAAGAUAGAACGGCGCCACACGUGGCUCCUCUUGCUCUGUCGCUGGUCAUGAAAGACGGAGCGUACGCUGUGCCCGCACCCGAGACGCCGCAAGGGCUUCACCGACCUGAUGGACUCGGUGAAAUCGUAUACCAGCAUGCGAACAUACUUGACUUGUUCAUGGAUGACACUCUCUCCUCUACAAUAACGCUCGCGCCAGCACCACCGGCGGCGUCGCUGUUUUUUUUCGAGAAGCUCAGCUACUGCUUUCACGUGCCUCUCACCUCCUUGUUCGUGAGCCCGGUCGACGUGCAUAUUGGAACAACUGCGGAGGCGCGGAACUUUAGACCUCGCAACAACGGUGCCACAGAUGGUGUAGUGAAAAUGGAUGUUGGCCUCUCUGGCGCCGACGCGCCUGCCGCCGGACAGCUGCGCGACGGCAGUGAGCGCCGCUUUUAUCUACAGCACAUGUUCGCGGCGCUCCUGUGUUCCUACCCCCUAGCAACGCUCCUGCAGCGUCGCAAGCUUGUGCUCGACUUCGUGGUGACCAUCUAUCUAGCUUACUGGCUGCUGGCGGACAUCGUUCUCCGCCGUUUGCUCGGGGGUGGCCUACAUUGGUGGGCAGCAUGCGCUCUGGGGAUGACUGUCAUGUACGGUGCAACCUACGUUAUAUGCCGGCGGAAAGAGCUGCAAGAGAUUCGCUUUUCUGGCGGCGGUACUGCGGGCUCCGGCGCAGGCGUACCCGCGGCCACGACAAUGUGGCUGAAGGACUGCCGUGGCGAGGGUGACAUCGCCGGCGAGGAGAUGCGUGCCAUUAGUCGAGAAACGCAGCGGCACAACGGCAGCGGCGGUGCUGACGCCCAUGGCAGCGGUAAGCCUCACGACGCUGCCGGCCGCUCUCGGGUCCCUGCGUCUGCGCAAAGCCCAAACGCUGCCAAGGCCGUUGCCGUCGAUGUGGCCCGCGCGUCAGAAGAGGCGGCGUAUAAGCACAAGAUGGUGUAG